AAUACUUUGUCUCUUGCCAAGGAAUCAAAUCCAAAUAAAGUUAAUUAGAACUUUGAAGGAAUUCCACCAAAUUACUCUACAUAAUUAUUAUUCGAAUCGAAAUAAUGUCUUCCAUUUGCCCUACUUAUUUAGGAUGGGAAUAUCCCAUAGAAUUAGGUACAAACCAAGGUUUUAAUAAUGUUGACUUAGAUGCUGUAUUUCUUCUUAAUUUUUCAUCUUCUCAAUCUCAAGAUUACCAAUUUCAAGUGUAUGAUCAUGUUAAGCGUAGCGAAUUGCCACAAGAUACAAGCUCAACCGAUCAUCAAUUUGAUAUUAACCCUGUGUUAUCUAAGAAACUUAGUCAUAAUGCAAGCGAACGCGUUCGAAGAAAGAAGAUUAGCAACUUGUAUUCAUCUCUACGUGCUUUACUUCCUUCUUCUGAUCAUAAGAAGAAAUUAAGUAUUCCAGGGACAGUUGUACGUGUGGUUGAGUACAUACCCGAAUUACAAAAAGAAGUGGAGAAAUUAAUUUGUAAAAAGGAAGAACUUUUAUCAAAAAUAUCAGCAAUUCAAGGAAAUGCAUUGGAAAAUAAUGUUCAAGAGGAAAAACCCAUGAAAAAUUGUAUGAUUAAGGAUACAAUUUCGUGUUCGAUUUCUUCGAAUAAAUUGGGCGAUAAAGAAAUGGUUAUCCAAAUUUCAGCAUUUGAGAGAAUAUCAUUAUAUGAAGUGCUUGAUUUGCUUGAGAAGAAGGGUUAUCUUGUUAUUGAUAUUUCUUCUUUUCAUUCUUUUGGAGGAAGGACUUUUUACAAUAUUCAUUUAUGGAUGGGAGGAAACUAUACCGCAAAGUUCGAAAAUUUAAAUGAAGUGUUGAUGUCCUUGCUUAAGGAGCAAAAGCAUAUGCAAGCGUAUUAUUAG